AUGGCAUCGAAUCUCAACCCAGUGUUAGCGUACGUGGUGCUUUACGUAAAAGACGUAGCCAAGUCGGUAGCUUUCUAUGCCAAAGCAUUCGGCUAUGCUGUUCGUCGCUUAGACGAGUCCCACAGAUGGGGAGAGUUGGAUACCGGCAACACAACUGUCGCUUUCACUCCGAUUCACCAGCACGAGACCGAUGAUCUGACCGGUGCUGUCCACACCGCUCGAUCUAGUCGAGAAAGACCACCGGUCGAGGUUUGUUUUGUUUACCCUGAUGUUGAUGCUGCUUACAAGUGGGCGGUGGAGAACGGAGCGAUUCUGGUGAGCGAGCCUGAGCUAAAGGAGUGGGGCCAGAAGGUUGGUUACGUCAGAGACAUCGACGGCAACGUGGUGAGAAUGGGAAGCCAUAUGAAGCCACCAAAACAAGAUUAG